GCUGUACUAGUUCGCCCCCGAGGCAAUUACGAAAGUGGCCUAGUCUAGAGUGAUUUCUGCUGUCGAAUUCUGCUGUAAACAAACAAUUUAACCACGUACACACCAAGUUAAUUUAAAGUACUUGAGAAAUGGCUGCCUUGGACACGAUGCCAAUGCUUUAUGCAUUUGAAGAUGCUGAAUCUGGAGGAAAAGAAAACAGCUUAGAAAAUGACUUUGCAUACCGGAACAAUGUUGCCAAUGCUUCGCAAAAGAUCAGGAUGGGGUUCAUACGAAAGGUUUACUGCCUUCUCUCCAUGCAAUUGUUGGUCAGUCUCGUUAUUGGAGCAGUAUGUGUGCUGGAACCUCAUGUAAAAGGCUUUAUUAAAACAAAUGACUGGCUUGUAUCUCUGAGCUUCAUCCUAAGUUUAGUUAUUCUAAUUGCUCUACAUAUUAAGAGACGAGAAACACCAACAAAUCUUAUUCUCUUGGCUGCAUUUACUGUUGUUCAGGCCUACACAAUUGGUGUACUCGUGUCAUUCUAUGAUCAAUCCCUGGUCCUCACAGCUCUAGGAUUGACAUUUACAGUUGUGCUUGGCCUCACUAUGUUCACUUACCAAUCAAAAAAAGAUUUUACGGCCAUUGGAUCAGGGCUGUUUGCUGCAUCAUGUGUGCUACUGCUUGGACUCCUGAUUAAUAUGGUGCUUGGAAACUCAAUGCUUGAUUUUGCUCUUUCGAUUGGAGGGGCACUUCUUUUUUCCCUUUUUAUUGUUUACGACACAAAGAUGCUUAUGACCCAGCUUUCUCCUGAAGAGUACAUUCUUGCUACCAUUAAUUUGUAUUUGGACAUCGUCAACUUGUUCAUCUAUAUACUUCGUAUUUUGGAAGCUGCACGACGCCAUUAACAGCACUAAGAUUAAAAGGAUGGUAAAAUCCCAAAACCAAUUCUUCUUCCUACCACUUUUUAUAUGAUUGGACACUACUUAAAAAUUAAGCUGAACACCAAUAGUGAAAAGAAAAUUUAGCAUUGCUUAGCCUUGAAUGUCAGCCCUACUCAAUGCAAUUUUGUUAACUUAAUAAUGCGUUUUUGUACGGUUGGAUUGUUAGAAUUUAGCUUGAUUCAAACGUAUCAAUAUGCCGAAUGCAUGCAUAGCAUUCCAUCCAUGUUUUACAAACCUCUUUUAUCCCUUUAUGUUCAGCACAUUGAUAAAACAGCAAUACAUAACAUACAAUUCAUUGUAUAUUUCAAAAUUUCUUGACUAAAAUGCUUUAUUCCAUUUUAUUGUGAUAUGUUUAUAGGUGGCUGUGUAUAAGUUGUAUAAUGUGAGUUUUGUUGCAAAUUAAAUUUUAUUGUUUGGCAUCCA